CGAUUGUAAUGAUGAUUCAUAAUAAUAACAACAACAACAACAACAACGGUACAAAUGAUUUGAUUGAAUUGAUUAAAUCGAAACGAUCAUUAAUCGAUACUGUUGGUCAUCAUCAUAAUACUAAUCAGAAUAAUAAUCGUAUAAUAAACAACGGUAAUCAACAAGGAACAAAUCUUUUACAGAAAAAAUCUUAUCCAAAUCAUUUUUCAUUUUUUUCAUCCAAUGAUUUCAUCAAUCUACGACGAUUAUUAAAUUCAUUGAAAUAUAAAAAUAAAUCAAAAUUAGAUUCAAUACAAGAACAAUCGAUUGAGAAUUCUGUUUCAUCCACUAAUGGUAGUGCUACUGGUAGUGAUGAAACGUUGAAAAAAACCGUGAAAAAUGACAAUAAUAGCCAGGUAAAGACAAUUUCAAAAAAAAUAGAUUUAGACUGUGAUAAUUGUGAAAAUAAUCAUCAUCAUCAUCAUCAUAAUCAUGAUAAUCGUCAUCAAUCACAAGUUGUCACCACAUUACCAUUACCAUUACCAUCAUCAUCAUCAUCAUCAUCAUCGUCAACAUCAUUGGUGGUAGAAGAAAAAAUUCAAUUACCAAUCGACCAUGAAAAAGUGAUUUUAAAUGGCCACAAUGAUAAAAGAAAAAAAAUUCAUCCUGAUAAUUCCAAUGAUGAUAAUGGUGAAAUACUUGAAACGCUUCGCCAAGUAUUACGAAUGUGUACCAAAGUCGAUGUAUCCAAACGGGCUACCGCUUUAGAUGUAUAUCAAAUUUUGAUGAAUAAAUCUGAAUUGAUCUUCAAGAAUCAUAAUAAUAACCGUGACGCUAAUGAUGAUGAUGAUGAUACGGAAAUGAACAAUGUGCAAAUAAAUCCAAUGGAUAAUGAUAAUGAUGAUGAUCGAAAAGAUUAAAAAAUGACGACAGAUGGUUUGGAUCGAUUAAUGAAUAUUUUUUUCCUACGAAAAAAAAGUUCUUUAAUUAAAAAUGGCCAGAUGUUUUUUUUGCUUGGCACUCACCUGAUUC